AUGAAACCAAUAGAGAAAGCUGGUGGUUCUUCCCCAGCUACUGCUCUUGAAAGUGAGAAGUCUGUUAGCAACUCUACUUCCGACUCAACGAUAGCUCCGCCAACGGGCAAGCAGCAGGGUUCCCGUCCUCCAUCCUCCCAUAAGAGUGAUAGAGACCAUGACAAUGAUGAUGAUGCUCUUUAUUCUCAUCUACCAGAACAUGAGAAGCAGAUUCUGAAGAAACAGAUUGACGCGGACGAAGUGAAAGUGUCGUUCUUUGCUCUUUUCCGCUAUGCAUCUAGAAUGGAUGUACUCGUCAUGUUCAUAAGCGCGAUUUGUGCCAUUGCUGCCGGUGCAGCACUACCGCUGUUUACUAUCCUUUUUGGUUCUUUGGCCUCAGCUAUGUCAAACAGGGUGGCAGAUCUUAUUUCAUAUGAUGAAUUCUAUCACCAAUUGACAAAGAAUGUCUUGUACUUCGUAUAUCUCGGUAUCGCUGAAUUUGUCACGGUAUAUAUCAGCACUGUUGGAUUCAUUUAUACUGGGGAGCAUAUCAGCCAGAAGAUCCGCGAGCAUUAUCUUGAGUCCAUCCUGCGGCAAAACAUGGCUUAUUUUGAUAAACUGGGUGCUGGUGAAGUGACCACACGCAUCACCGCCGACACAAACCUUAUCCAGGACGGUAUCUCCGAGAAAGUUGGACUUACACUUACGGCCAUCUCCACAUUUGUCACCGCCUUUAUUGUCGCAUAUGUCAAGUAUUGGAAACUGGCGCUGAUUUGCAGCUCGACGAUUGUCGCCCUUGUGUUGGUCAUGGGGGGUGGAUCUCGCUUUAUUGUGAAGUACAGCAAGAAAUCUCUGGACAGUUAUGGUGCUGGUGGCACUGUUGCGGAGGAGGUGAUCAGCUCCAUUCGGAAUGCCACUGCAUUCGGCACCCAGGAUAAGCUUGCCAAGCAAUACGAGGCUCAUCUGGCAGAAGCAGAAAAGUGGGGGGUCAAGAACCAACUCAUACUUGGCUUCAUGAUUGGCGGAAUGUUUGGUAUCAUGUUCUCCAACUAUGGCCUUGGCUUUUGGAUGGGCUCCCGGUUCCUCGUUAAUGGAGAGGUUGAUGUUGGUCAGGUCCUCACUGUAUUAAUGGCAAUUUUGAUAGGCUCCUUCAGUCUGGGAAAUGUCAGUCCGAACGCUCAAGCAUUUACGAAUGCUGUGGCAGCAGCUGCCAAGAUCUAUACUACAAUUGAUCGUCCUUCACCAUUGGAUCCAUACUCGGAUGAAGGAGAGACACCCGAUCACGUUGCAGGCAACAUUGAGUUCCGCGACGUCAAACACAUCUACCCUUCGCGACCUGAAGUGACAAUCAUGGACGGUGUUUCCUUAACAAUGCCUGCCGGUAAAACUACAGCCUUAGUAGGCCCUUCAGGCUCUGGAAAGAGUACUGUUGUUGGGUUGGUCGAGCGUUUUUACUUUCCUGUUGGUGGUCAAGUAUUUCUAGAUGGCUAUGAUCUACAGAGCCUUAACCUUCGUUGGCUGCGUCAGCAAAUCUCGUUGGUUAGCCAGGAGCCUAUCCUUUUUGGCACUACGAUCUACAAGAAUAUCCAGUAUGGACUUAUUGGCACGAAAUAUGAGAACGAGUCAGAUGAAAAGAUCCGUGAACUGAUCGAGAACGCGGCGAGAAUGGCCAACGCCCAUGACUUCAUCAGUGCUUUGCCAGAAGGGUACGAGACCAAUGUCGGCCAGCGCGGAUUCUUGCUAUCUGGUGGUCAAAAGCAGCGGAUCGCCAUUGCCCGUGCCAUCGUCAGUGACCCAAAGAUUCUUUUGCUUGACGAAGCCACAUCUGCAUUGGAUACCAAAUCAGAAGGUGUUGUUCAAGCUGCUCUUGAUAAAGCUGCAGAGGGUCGAACCACUAUUGUUAUUGCUCAUCGCCUAUCGACUAUAAAAACUGCCCACAAUAUUGUUGUCUUGGUCGAUGGGAGAAUUGUAGAGCAGGGCACACAUGAUGAACUGGUCGAUCGCAAGGGUACCUACAAUAACCUUGUAGAGGCUCAGCGCAUCAAGGAAGAGAAGGACGCAGAAGCUCUAGAUGAUGAGGUUGAAGAUGACGACGAGUUACCCAAAGAGGAAAUGUCUCGUAUUAAGACUGCUGACAGUGGUUCGGCUUCGGUUGUGGACGUUGGAGACGAAAAGGUUUACUCUGGAAUCGGACGUUCUGCCACCCACAAGUCGAUAUCAAGCGCUGUUCUCUCCAAGAAGAGCCCGGAACAAACCCACAAAUACUCGCUGUGGUCACUGAUUAAAUUCAUUGCUUCUUUCAACCGCCCUGAACUAAACUAUAUGCUGAUUGGUUUGGCUUUUUCGAUACUUGCAGGGGGUGGUCAACCCACCCAGGCAGUCCUUUACGCCAAAGCGAUCAGCUCACUCUCUUUGGGUGCAGCAGGCCCGAGCACGUAUGGCAAGCUCCGUCAUGAUGCGAACUUCUGGUCUCUGAUGUUUUUUGUUGUUGGAAUUGCUCAAUUCAUCAAUCUUUCUAUUAACGGUGCCGCAUUCGCUGUCAGUUCCGAGAGACUUAUUCGCCGUGCGCGAAGCCAGGCCUUUAGAACGAUUCUUCGUCAAGACAUCACCUUCUUUGAUAGAGAGGAAAACAGCACUGGCGCCCUAACUUCUUUCUUAUCAACUGAAACAAAACAUUUGUCGGGUGUCAGCGGUGUAACUUUGGGCACAAUUUUAAUGACUAGCACAACUCUUGGGGCAGCAAUUGUGAUCUCCCUCGCAAUCGGGUGGAAAUUAGCCUUGGUCUGUAUUUCUGUUGUCCCAGUACUUCUGGCAUGUGGAUUUUACCGUUUCUACAUGCUUGCUCAGUUCCAGCACCGUUCCAAAAUUGCCUAUGAAGGGUCUGCGAGCUACGCUUGUGAAGCAACAUCAGCUAUCCGCACUGUAGCCUCGCUAACCCGAGAACGGGAUGUGUGGACAGUAUAUCACACCCAGCUGGAAGCUCAGGGGAAGAAAAGUCUAAUCUCUGUUUUGAAGUCUUCAAUCCUUUAUGCCUGCUCACAGGCCCUAGUUUUCUUCUGUGUUGCGCUCGGCUUUUGGUAUGGUGGCACUCUCCUCGGUAAACAUGAAUACUCGGUUUUCCGCUUCUUCGUCUGCUUCUCUGAAAUCCUCUUCGGUGCACAGUCUGCGGGGACUGUAUUCUCAUUUUCCCCAGAUAUGGGCAAGGCGAAGAAUGCCGCAGCUGAAUUCAAAAGGCUGUUCGACAGGAAACCGGCUAUUGAUACAUGGUCGGAAGAUGGUGAGAAACUAGAGUCCAUGGAAGGUUCAAUUGAAUUCUGUGACGUGCAUUUCAGGUACCCGACUCGUCCUGAACAACCAGUUCUCCGGGGUUUGAAUUUGACCGUAAAACCCGGCCAAUAUGUUGCUCUCGUUGGUCCCAGUGGAUGUGGAAAGAGUACUACCAUUGCGCUGCUUGAGCGUUUCUAUGAUGCAUUGUCCGGAUCUGUUCUUGUGGAUGGCCGGGACGUUACCCAACUCAAUGUUAAUUCAUACCGAAGCUUUUUGUCGCUGGUUAGUCAGGAGCCGACCUUGUAUCAAGGCACUAUCAAAGAGAAUAUCUUGCUAGGCGUUGAUCAAGACCAUAUUCCGGAAGAGGCAGUGGUUAAGGCAUGCAAGGAUGCCAAUAUCUAUGAUUUCAUUAUGUCUCUUCCGGAGGGAAUCAACACCGUGGUUGGCAAUAAAGGAGGCAUGUUAUCUGGUGGGCAAAAGCAACGAGUUGCUAUUGCCCGCGCUCUUCUCCGUGACCCCAAAGUCCUCCUUCUAGAUGAAGCUACCUCGGCUCUCGACUCUGAAUCCGAAAAGGUUGUACAGGCAGCGCUGGAUGCCGCCGCUAAGGGUCGAACUACAAUUGCAGUUGCUCACCGACUGAGUACCAUCCAGAAGGCCGACGUUAUCUACGUGUUUGACCAGGGCAAGAUUGUCGAAAGCGGAACACACCAAGAACUGGUCCGUAACAAAGGCCGUUACUAUGAACUAGUCAACCUACAAAGUUUGGGCAAGGAUCACUAA